UAUGAUGAACGAGCAAUUUUCUGAGAGGGUGGAAAACAUAGUUGAUUAUUUUUUUGCUUGUGAGUUCUGAUGGUGUUUCCUCAAAUGUUUAAAAAAGUAAACAAAAAUAACCUUUGGUGAUAAGGUUUUGUUUGUGGUGGGGGUUGUGGUCUAAAAUGGAUUAUUAUGGGCACUGGUUUUGUGGUGAAUGAGUGAGUCAUUGUUGUUAUUGUGCAGUGUGUGAUUGCAAAGAAGAAGGAAAAAAAUGUUAAAGUCCAUUCUAGGUUGCUGCAAGGUAUACAUAUCAGAGAGCAGAAACAGGAGUGCAUUGGAAUCAAUUGAAAAAGCUGCCAAGCUUUUCCCCUUAGCUCCCAUUGUUAACAAGUUUGAAGAUGUGGCCUACAAUAGAGUUGGUUACACCCUUGUCUCUCAGUUGGAUUUGGAUCCAGUGCAGUCUACUGGGCCAUGCCACUUGAAAAAUGCAGUGCUUGCUAUGGUGAAAGCUGCCUUUGACAGCAUUGACUUUCAACAACACACUGGAACUCAUCCUAGACUUGGAGUUGUGGACCAUAUAUGUUUUCACCCACUUGCUGAAGCUUCCUUGAAUCAAGCUGCUAGCACUGCUAGGUGUUUAGCUAUGGACAUGGGUUCUAAUCUGCAAGUUCCUACUUUUCUAUAUGGAGCAGCCCAUGAAGAAGGGAGGACACUUGAUUCAAUCAGAAGGAUAUUUGGUUAUUUUAAGCCAAAUUCUUCCGAAAACCAGUGGAUUGGGGGGCUAAAAUCAGAUUCUUUGCCACUGAAGCCUGAUAGUGGUCCAUUUCAAAUAACUCCAUCAAAAGGUGUUGUGGUCAUUGGAGCUACCAAUUGGGUUGACAACUACAAUGUCGCUCUACUUUCUUCUGAUAUCAGUGCUGCUAGUCGGAUCGCGAAACGGGUUAGUGGAAGAGGUGGUGGACUUCCUACUGUGCAGGCCAUGGCACUUGCACAUGGUGAAGGUGUCACUGAGGUAGCCUGUAAUUUGUUGGAUCCAAAGAAAGUUGGCGGUGAAAGAGUACAACAAGAAGUUGAGCGCCUCGCAAAGGAAGAAGGUAUUUCUGUAGGGAGAGGAUACUAUACCGAUAUUUCGCAGGAAGAAAUAGUUAAGAGUUACUUGAAGCUGAUUGAAGUGAGAAGUUGAUGUCAAAGAACCUUAGUUUUAACUGUAUAAAAGAUCUGCCAAAUAUUUCUGAGAGGGAAAAUUACUUUCUCAUGCACUAGGAAUAUUUUUGGCAUUUCGUGAACAUCUAUUACAGGGUCAAUGUGGCAUUACCUUGAAAUUGAGAUUGGAAAGAUUUAUGGAGGAAUUUUUCAUAUGAAGCUCAUCCUAGAAUUUUUAUCUUCGUUUUCAAGUGAUCAUGAAACUGACCCUGAAGGAUUUCAUUCUGGAUUCUCACAUGCUUACCAGUUUUGCAUAUCCUUCCACUGGACAGUUCUGUGUGUACUACAUAAAAUGGUGGGUGAACCUGACCUUAUUGACGCCUCUCAGUUAGUUGCCAUGUUUGGUACUGGAAAAAUUACUUAUCAUUUUAUUAGAAUGAGAAUUUAAAUAUGCUAUAAGAUGAGAAACGGGUUUGACCAAGAAUGAGUUUAGGUGACAUUGUCCAUGAAAGAUACUUCAGGUAAAAUUACUUUUUCCUAUUAUUAUGAUUGAGAAAAAAAAUGAAUUCAUUCA